GGGCCAAGUGUUGCAAAAAUGUCACAAAACCGGUCAAAAUUAUUGUGUUGAUUUAAAUCAUCAUUUUUCUCAAGAACUUACUCAUUGUUCUCCGCAAGGUGGAGGUCAGAACAUCGGUAUUGUAUCCGUGAAAACAUUAAAAAAUGGGCAAUAGCGAGUCUGUCAGAGCUACCCAUUUUCAGCGCCCUGAUGUACCGGCGGACCCCGUGGAAGACGACCUACCUGAUGAGCACCACAUCAGCAUUUCAAACAAAAUGGUUGAACGUCUCGUCGAAGACGCUACGCUGACAGGUGCAAUAGAUACAAGCGCUUCCAAUCCGAGAGGGGAUUUCAAGGAGAAGAUGUUCAUGGAACAGCUCAAGUCUUUGGACGAAAAACAUACCGACAGAUUCGGCCUGACGGUUAGAGAGCUGAACGCAGUUUUAAAACGCGUGGAAUUGCGUACGACCAACAUGGUGAAUGUGGACCCCGUGUGUGCGGACAUCAAGCGCAAGAUCAUCGACUGCUACGACAGCACCAGCACGCCCGCCCAAGUUGCCCACUGCUGGGAUACUAUCGGUGCGUUCACAGAGUGCGUUCAAGAAGCGGGCGCGAAGAGACUGCAAGCGCGCAGCAAACUCGACGCUCUCGAACUUGAACGACGAACACGGCACGUCGCGCAUGCUCGCGAACAUGCUCUCAAGGACCUUAGCUGACCAUCAUCUUCUUUAUGAAUUUAUUUAGGACUUAACUUUUUAACGAGUCCAGAACUUUGGAGCAGUAAAGUUCUUAUGAUACCCCUCCCCAGUAAAAAAACCAUGCUAGUCAGAAAAGUGGUUUUAUUUUUAGUUUAUCAUUAAUUAUUUAUAAAUAUCUAUACAUAUAACAUGAUAACUUAAACAUUAUGCCGAUUAUUCUUACUAAUGUAAUAGAUGUGAAAGUUUGUUUGUAUGUUUGAUUAUCCUUCCUUUACACUCUAACUACUAACUAAGCAUAAAUCAUCUUAAUUUUUGGCGUAGA